GAAACUGUGACAGACCAGCUAACGAAUGGUGCAGAGGCAGGGCUAAUAGAAAGGAGCCAAUGAUGUAGACAAUCCUGUGCUGUUCAGCUGAGACAUGAAGAGCUGCAAGGAGUGGCGGUGGAGGAGAGCGACUGAAAGUGCACGAGAGCACUGAGGAGGAAAGCAGGUUGAAGAGUGAAUGUGGAGGAGGGAAAGAGUGUAAACGAAGAAGAUAGGUGGAGCACCAAAAAGAGGAGAGACAUUUGUCGGCUUACAUCUUCUAAAAACUGAGCCAGACACACAGAAAUCAUGACCAACAUCACAGCUACUGUUCAUCCAAACAAUCUCCCACUGCGAGAAGAGGGAGUCCCUCUGUCCCUCGUCUCCUUUCAGGUCCAGGAAGUCUACCCAUUUCAUGAUGGCUGGAAUGUGGCCUGUUUUGUCAUCCUUCUUCUUUUUAUUCUCACCGUCCUGUCCUUGGCAGCGUUGGCUGUGCUCUAUGAGCUGCUGGACUGUGGGUGCUGCGCCAAAGGGAAAACACACCACCAGCUACAGGAGGAAGGGCCGGGAAGCUGCAGCAAGCUUAUGAGUAGCAUGUGCAAGGAGCCAGAAUCCCACACUGAGGUGGUAUAGUGGCAACAAGGACGAAGUAAAGAAUAAUAGGAAUUUGGAUAUUGUUGCUCAUUUGGACAGGACCACACUACUGACUAAGAUGUUUGCAAAAAUGAACUCCCAAAAACCCCCCAAAACACUCAAAGUAAUUCAGUUGUUCACAAUUAGAGGUGAAAGCUGGUGACUGAACGAUAUAAAUGUAUCUUCCCACAUCUACCGCAGACCCCGAAAGCCAUAUUUCACUUCUGAAAUACUCCCAGAAGAAAAGAAGAUCACCUGAGUAUUUAUAACAUGGCUUAAAAACACAAAUUUACACUACUUAAAGUACCCAUAUUAUGCCCUUUGAAUUAUUCCCUACAACUUUAUUCGAAGCCCAUUUCUAUGGAAGCCCGUUUCCGCCACUAAAAAAAAAAAAAAAGCUAGUAUCCAUAACUCGAAAUUUCGAGUUAUUUUCU